CACGCCGAAGGAGGGCGCUGUGAGUAUAGUGGGGCAAAGUGUUCAGUGCAGAAGAAAUAUCGAUAACAAGGCGUUUCCAAGAUGGCAACAAAUGAAGGUACCCCUGAUCCAAGUGCAACAAAUGUCGACAAAGGUAGCAGUUCUCCAAACGAUGGCUAUGACAAAAAGUGUAUAUUUUGUAAAGUCGUUAACAAGGAAAUGGGUACCGAGCUUCUGCACUCGGACGAGGAGAUAUCGUGUUUUAGAGACAUCAAACCCGGAGCACCUCAUCACUACCUGGUCGUGCCUACCAGACAUGUAGGGAAUUGCAAAUCACUUGGCAAAGAGCACGUUUCACUUAUUGAAAAGAUGGUUGAGACAGGAAAGGAGAUACUCCAGAGGAACAACGUCACAGACCUCAGUGAUGUGAGGUUUGGAUUCCACUGGCCUCCAUUUUGUUCUGUCACACAUCUGCAUCUGCAUGUGCUGGCCCCGAUUAGCCAGAUGGGCUUCAUGUCCAGAAUCUUCUACCGUCUGGAUUCUUAUUGGUUCAUAACAGCAGACCAGCUGAUCCAGAGACUGAAUUCCUUAGGCUAGGUCAACUGAAAAGGAAGGCUUGGUGCUGCUGCUGGAUGUGGUCAUCUGAAACUGAUGAACAAACUGACUGUAGUGUUUCCCAAACACUUCCUAAUUGAGUCAACGAAAGCAGGUGUGAGUUAUGCAAGUGCCUCAAGAUAACUCAUCUGAACCAAUCAUAUCACUUGUUUUUUUUUGUUUGUUUGUUUUUUACUCAAGCCAAUGAGUUAUAGCAGACACUCUCUUUUUCCUUUUAUAUUGUAAUUUAUUGCCCAUGAAACUACUGAAAAACAUUACAUAAAACCUCAGUAUUACAAUAGCACUGAUGUUUUAGAAGGAUCAUGGACAUGGCCAUUGUAAUUGAAUGAGUGUAUGAGCAGAACAAAAACAAUCAAUUAUGAUUUAUUUUAGAAAACACACUUUCCCUGUACGAAUGGCAAGGAUGCCAUCAGCAGCAGCUGUCCAAACACUGGCCAGUCAGUCAUUCUAGUUAUGCUUGAUAGUUCUGCUACUGAAGAUGAUUCCUAUACAUUAAGCUGCUUAAAAAUAUGUCCAUCUUGAAUUGUGAUUUUUGCACGAAGGAGAAAUGUGAAGAUGUAUCUAAUCUAAUAUUUAUUGUAAUUACUAUAACAGCAGAAUUGCUGAACGUGUUUAGAGGGAUGUUAAAUAAUAUUCUAUGCAUUAUAAGCCUGUAAGAGUUUGUUUUCCUUUGUACACAAUGGACGCAUGUGUUAAUUAAAAAGUAUUCUCAUUUUAA